GAUCAGCAUGGCCGACGGAAAUGAUGCAUGGCCGCCGGACAUCGAUCCUGCCGACCCCAAAUUUCAGGCUAUCUUGAGGAAUUACCUCCAGGACGCAAUCAACCGCUACCGUACCCGGCGUGAUCAAGAACUCAGGGCUCGAGAAGCUCGGAAUGAAGGAACGUCGGACGGGCCGUCGGACGAGACACCUAAUGGCGCGCCACGUUCAUACAGCCUAUCUGGAGCACCCGAUGGACCUUCCUUCUCCCAGACACCCGAUGUGAUGAGGCUCCACGAGCAACUCGAAAGUCUACGCCGAAAGAUGGUGGCACUGAUCAUAGAGAAAUCGGGCUUAGAAAAGACGAAUAGUUUACUACAAGAGGUUGCAUCGGAGCGUGAUACAGUGAAGGCGAUGGCGGAUAAGCUGAAGGUCGAUAAUGAGCGUCUGACGAAGGAGGUCAGACAGCUUAAAACGCACCUCAAAAAUGACCCAGCUCAUUUCAGUGGCAUUAAGGGGAUGGGAGCGGAGCCCAAACAAAGCAAGAGUCGAACCGUGGCAGAGGAAGUGCUACCACCGCUCCAGUACAUUAUCACUGAAUACAAGGAAGAUCUCACCAAAGAAAUUACCAAGCGCCUCAUCUCACUGCCCAAGCCCGAUGAUCGCCAAUACUCCUUUGGAGCUGCUCGAAGUGCUUCAAUACCUUCUCACGGCUCUCAGCUGUCAGAAGCACCCCUCUCUGACAGGGACGUCGUUACGUUUUUCGAGGAUUUCGACAAUACGAUCGAAAGAAUAGCGAACAUGAUACUGCGCUACGAACCUACCGCUACGGACAAAUGGGAAAACUUUGCGCAAUACAAGGAGAUGCGGUCACUCUUUCUGAGAUGGUACAUCGGGCUUAAACUAUUUGAAGCUUUCUUCCGCUAUGAGCAGCCCACGGAACCACCGUCGGAGCAGCCCUCUGAGGACACGUCCCAGCAACCCUCAGACCAACGCCGCCGACCUCACAUGGCAAAAAUAACCGGAUUAGAUGAUCUAGUAGACACACUAUCUCAAAACAACAUCGACAUCGACGAAGCGCUCUACCCCCGCCUCGCCGCCGAAUACGUCGAAAGCGUCAUCUCAAACGGCCUCGACGAGUUCUACACCUACCCCGCCGCCACUGCCCCAGAAGCGCGCAACCUCGUCAAACUCGCACUCACUCAAAUCGCCGAAGACGCAUGCAAAUUCGCCUAUCGUGUUAACUGGAACGCAGACCAUGGCAGGUCGAGGUAUAGAUACGUCUGGCUGCAGGAUAAUAGUCCGUUUCCGCUCGAGCGUGAUGAAGCAGAGCUUCUUGGCGUGUUUAAUAAGAACGAGAGGGAUGCGGAGUAUGGGUGGAUGUGUUUUGGGGGUGUUAGGAGACAGGCUGGUGCUGGGACGGGGCUUGUUAGUGGGGAAUUAGAGGAGAGGGUGCUUUUAAGAAAGUCAAGAGUUUGGUUUUGGAAUGAGCCGGUUGCGCAGGGGGUUGGUAGUGGGGAUGGACGUAUUGGUUGAGCGGUGGAAAUUUGGUUACCUUUUGGCUGACCGACUACCUGCUAGUUGGGCUGCUCCUUACGGUGGCGUCGGGGGAGCAAGAUUGGAGCCCAACUAGACUGAAAACGAUGGUCCAGUGCUGCGGAUAUGUGCCCAGGGAGAAAGUAUGGGGGGCAGUUCCUGUGCUUCACUCGAAACAGUGCGCACGCGGGCUUUCCUAACCAGGUAGAGACACAAGAUUGAACCUCCUUUCGGUUUGAACGAG